CGUCACUCCGCUCUGCAGCGCCUCCCCUCGACCUGUGCCGUUUAAAGCUCCGUGGUCUAGUUAGUUCACAGAGAAUAGAGCUUUAUUUUAAAUUAUGGAUAAAAAUACUACGCAAUACAACGUACAACUGUAUAUUUAUGAUCUAUCAAGAGGAAUGGCUCGCAGCCUCAGUCCUAUCAUGUUAGGUAAACAGCUGGAUGGGAUUUGGCACACGGCUAUAGUGGCAUAUGGAGACGAGUUCUUCUUCGGAGGGGAGGGGAUCUCCAGCUGUUCACCUGGUGGGACUAUGCUGGGUCCUCCAGACACAGUGGUGAAUCUCGGUGAGACCGAAGUGACUGAAGAAAUCUUCAUGGAGUACCUGUCCUCUCUUGGAGAAAGCACAUACAGAGGUGACAGGUAUCGUCUGUUUGAGCACAACUGCAACACGUUCACCAACGAGGUGGCUCAGUUCCUGACAGGGAGGCAGAUCCCCUCCUACAUCACCGACCUUCCGUCAGAAGUCCUCUCAACGCCGUUCGGCCAGAUGCUGCGGCCCAUUCUGGACUCGAUUCACAUCGCUCCUCCAGGAGCUCUGGAGCGGGACGGGACCAGUUCACUCUAUGUUCUGCACGCAAACCCAUUUGAUACAGGCACCCAAUUUGGACCAAUCUUAAGAUGUUGGUCAGAUGGCAUCCCAUUUGCCAUAUGUGAUACUCGGGUACAGAUACUUGACUCAGUGCUAUCAAGGUACCCAAAUGAUCCUCCCUCCACCACCUUCGCUGUAUUUGGUCAUUUUUCCCAACAUGCUACUGGGCGUUAGAGCCAAACAACAUUGUUUACAGAUGUCUUGUGGUCGUUUCAGAUGCCGUUUUGCAAACGUCCGUCAUCGUGCUCUUUUUUUUUUUUAUUUGAUAGAAGAGCCUUUUUCCUUGCAACCCGUCUGCACAAACCAUAUUAGUUCAGUAUGCUUUUAAUUGUUCUCAGUGAGGCUUGUAGGGUAUGAGAUGACGCUCUUUUGAAAUUUAAAAAAGAUUUUUUUUAACUUUUGUAUUUUUCACACAGGUAAAUGGAAUAGUUGAGUCGUCCACUUCUAGGAAGAUUGGCAACUUUCUUGAAUACAUUUCACCAUCAAACAGUUGUUUGGAUUGAUGUGCAGCAAAGAAAAAUGAAAAAAAUGCUAAUCUAAGACUGUUGCUUAUGUUUUUCCCUUUAGGCAUUUUGUUAAAACGCACGUGAAUGCUGCAGACCACUAAACUGUUCAAACCUCUGCUUUUCAAAAAUUGAGCGGCAGAUGAUGUAGUUGCAGCUUACUCCUCUAAGUGCAGUAAAUAGGUAUCUAACAUAUCCCUCCCCUCACGUGAGUAUAAUUAUGUUUGUGCUUGAAAAAGGAUUAAAACAGGGGGGGGUUCUAACUUUUGCAUAUGACUGUAGGUGCCUCUUGACCUGUGCUGUCCAUCUUCUUAUUUGGAGUUAUUUCUAAGUCUCCACGUGUUUCAGACAUGCACAGAUUUCCUUUUAGGUAAAUGUGGCCGUACAUGACCUGCUCGAGUCCUUUAACAGCUACCGGUGUGUUUGAAACACACCACCCGUCUGUGCCUUCAUCUCCCUCUGCGUUGCUACUCUGUACAACACAUGGUUGUCAUGCAGCACAUGUGCUGACUUUACACGUAAUCUGCAUAAUGAUGAUGUACGAGGGGCCCGGAAGCAAAUAAACGGGAUCAAAAGGUAUUAAGGAGCUUUCAACAAUACUCAUAAAACAUAUGGUGCCACAUUUGCACACUAAAAUGUGCAGCUUAAACUGCUCUACAUGUAACAAUAUACAGUAAGCCUGUAGUCUCAGUGCAUUAUUCACAGCACUUACGCAUCCACGAGGGGACAAAUCUGCCCACUUUCAGCUUCGCUCAUGCACCAGAUCACAUUUUCUAGGUUUUAUCUGACAAAAAAAUCAUAUCAUUAAACCUCCCAAGUUUUUUUUUCUGCUAAGAAAUAGGGGGAAAACGAUUCACUAAGACUGAUUAAACCAGCAUUAGAUUGGAAUUGUCAUCGUGCAAUAAAUAAACUGUGCAUAUUCUUUUAUUUUACAAUUAAGUAAUUGCCAAGACUUAGUGCACCUGGACAAGAUCAUUUCAUUUGCAAGUUUUUCAAAACUUUUUCCUUUUAAUUUUUCAUUUUGUUCCUCUCAAGAUGAUAGAAAGCUCAGGAGAAUCUGAAUCCUGCGAUCUUGCCUUCUCCUACCCGACCGACACGCUAACCCGACCACUGAAAUGUAUUUCUGCACAAGUCGUCUUUUGUAGAUUUAAUGCGUGUUGUUGCUUGCUACUAGCGGUAAUUAAAAAUUGCAAAUCAUAGCAGAUAUUUAUGGAUAUUUAUUUAAAAUUUACGUAAUAUAAGUAUCUUAGAUAUAUUUAUCCAGAUUCUCUGUAUGGUUUAAUUGUUGUCAUUGUAAAUCUAAUUAUACAUUAAAACCACUGACUGCAAAUUCAA